AUGGAAGAGGCCUUCCUACUCAAUCAAACAUCUGUAGUAACAUAUUUUCGACUUAGCGGUUUAUCUUUAAAUCGGGAAGUACAGAUGGCUGUGUUUUUCAUAUUCCUCAUCUUUUAUGUUUUAACACUGAUUGGAAACAUCCUCAUUGUCAUAACUAUCAUCUAUGACCACCAGCUCCAUACUCCCAUGUAUUUCUUCCUUAGUAAUCUGUCCUUCAUUGAUGUCUGCCACUCCACCGUCACUGUCCCCAAGAUGCUGAGAGAUACCUGGUCAGCAGAGAAACUCAUCUCCUUUAGUGCUUGUGUGACCCAGAUGUUCUUCCUGCACCUCUUUGCCUGCACAGAGAUCUUCCUUCUCACUGUCAUGGCCUAUGAUCGGUACGUGGCCAUUUGUAAGCCCCUGCAGUACAUGACAGUGAUGAACUGGAAGGUAUGUGUGCUUCUGGCAGGGGACCUCCGGACAGGGGGGACCAUCCACUCCAUAGCCUUGACCUCCCUCACCAUCAAGCUGCCCUACUGUGGUCCUGAUGAGGUUGACAACUUCUUCUGUGACAUACGCCAGCUGGUCAAACUGGCCUGCACAGACACCCAUGUCAUUGAGAUCCUCAUUGUCUCCAACAGUGGGCUGAUCUCUGUGGUCUGUUUUGUGGUCCUUGUCGUUUCCUAUGCAGUCAUCCUGGUGAGUCUGAGGCAGAAGAUCUCCAAGUGCAGGUGAAAGACCCGGUCCACGUGUGCAGCGCACCUCACCGUGGUCACACUCUUCCUGGGACAUUGCAUCUUCAUCUACUCCCGCCCAUCCACUAGCCUCCCGGAGGACAAGGUGGUCUCUGUGUUUUUCACUGCUGUCACCCCUUUGCUGAACCCCAUCAUCUAUACCCUUAGGAAUGAAGACAUGAAGAAUGCCUUGAAAAAGGUCAUGGGGAGGAAGGAGAAGAAAGAUAAAAAACUAAAAAAUACAGACCAUUAG